CUCGCGCCUUCCCUCUUGUCUCUCCUCGAACUGCUAGCUGUCGGUGUGUGUUGUUGUUGAAGCAAUGAUGGCGGCAGCGGGAUGCGGAUCAGCAACCGCGGCUGCCGUAGGAGGCCCAGGUGGAACCGCUACGGCCAGAGGUCGCUUCCCCGGUCGGCCUUGGUCGUCACGCAGUCGUUUGCGCUCAGAGAAGCGAUGGCAACUUGGACGAUCAGGCUCAGAAGCUGAUGAUGUGACUAACGGAGGGCCAAGGCCCGCAAACCUGGUCCUUUCGUUAAACGAUGACCAGUCUCACUUGCGCUUACUUGGGAUAGAGGCGGGCCACCAGACCCUUGGCCAGGCUGGAUACAGCUCUAGUGGGAGUGAGGAGGUGAGGUCCCAAACCGAACCAGGAGGGGACGACUUCAGAGGAUUUGAAGCUGAGAAAAAACGUUCCAAAGGAUCUGUAUGUUCACGACAAAACCCUUCCAAAGGGGAUGCUGUCAGCACCAAGUCUAAACGACAAAGUGAGAAGCUACCGCUUAAAACACCAGAGGUGGAGGCCACACCUGAUGAUGUAAAGGAUGUCAAAUCUUUGGAGGAAACAAAAAACGUAUCGCCUGAAACAGAGCCUGACAAGGAUUACAGGAAAGGUUCAAAAGGAAAAAACCCUAUGGAUCGACUGUCAACUAAAAGAGGAGCCUCAUCAGCAUCACCCAGGAUUACUAUAAAGUUGGUGGCUAAAAAGAAAAUCAAAAGCGUUACAGAGCCUCUAAAAAAGUUUGCAAAGAAGUUGAGGAUAAAAGGAAUCCAGGAUCAGCCUAAAGCCAAGGAGAUUCAGGGUGACCAGAUUUCAAGUGCUCAUGUCAAAUUAAAAACUGAACAGCAUGAGGAUAAACAAGGCACAGAAGAUAAAGGAGGAGGGGCUUUACCUACAAGAAGGCGUGGGAGAUCUGCUUCAAAGACAUCUGAGCCUGUCUCCCAGCCUAGCGCCAAAGUUGUGGUUGAUGACCAAAAAUUGAAAGAGAAAAAAUCAGCCGAUAAAUUCGACACUGUUAAGGAGAGCAUCACUAUGGAGCCAAAAACAAAUGCAAAGAAAUUAAAGCAUAAGGAAAUAGUGACAGAGCAAGUUUCCGAAGUUAAUCAACAAAUCACUCGUAGGAGCAAUAGAGUCUUUAACCCACUCACUAAAAAAGCAUCAGAGAUAGCAGCUGAACCAGAGAGUCUGAGUAAAAGUGAUACACUGCUGGGUGAGUCAAAGCCAGAAGUUUCUCCAACAGGGGAGACCAAACCAUCAAUGAGAAGUGACGGACGAAGGCAAAGCAGAAGGCUGAAUAAGGAUGUAACAGUGACAGAAAACCAUGGAUCACGACAAUCCAGUGACAGUUUGCCUUUAAAAAGCGAGGAUACAUGGGUCCCAAGUUUCAAGUUGAUGAAGGUCAGAAACCCAAAAUAUGAUGCGCAAGCCAGUAAGAACAACUCGACUCGAAAGAAAAAACACCGAAAGAAGUUUAUCUGGACUUUAACAUUAGUGAAGGGAGAAGGUCCAACCCAGGGUGCUGUAAACACCGUUAAAGUAACAGAGAAGACCGUUAGUGAAGUAGUUAAUUCUGCUAUUUGUGACCCCAUUGUCGACAAGAGUUUAGAGACGGUGGAUCAGAAAUCAAAACUGGAUAACUCGGCCCCACAAGAGAGCAAAAGCUUAGAUAAUGAUGAUAAGGGAUCCCAAAUCAAGGCUGAAGUGUCAACUGAGGAUCAUUCCACUCUACAAGCGGAAGUUGAAGUGGACCAAGUACAUGAAACACCUUCACAAGACAUUUCUAAAAUGGAUAGCGGGAAAGUUCCACCUCUUCAGAUCAAAAAGGUCUCUUCUCCUGGGAAACAUAAAAGUUCAAAGCCGUCCUUUUUAAUUCAGCAAGUUAGCCCUGUAUCUGAGAAGAAAGAGGAUGCUCCGAAAGAUCCAAGUGAGGGUAAUGAGGAUAAAUCAUCAUGUGCGGUUACUGAAGUCAGCCCAACUAGAAGACUAAGGAGAAGGACAUUAAGCCUUGAUUCACCACAACCAAAGUCUGUUGCUCAUAAGCCAGUGACCACUCAGAAAAGGAGGCUUAGAACGAGACCGAAGGACAAAGAUACGCCACAGGUGCAGGUUGAAGAUUCCGCUCAGGCUUCAGCUGAAGAUUCCCACUCACACGGUCUUCCCAAAGACUCUUUUCAGGAUUUGGCUGGCCAGCCCUCAGAGGUGACCAGUGAAAACACCACGGAAGUUCCUGAUAAGGAGACCUCAAAGGUCGCUGACGAUUCCUCACAGGUGCCAGUUGAAGUUUCUCAGCAGAAGGUGGAGGAUCAGGUCGGACCGCAGAUGAAAGAGGCCAAACCAUUCCCUUUGCCUUCCAAACCUAGGAAAUGUAGAAAUAAUAAACUAGGGAAAAAGAGAUCAGUUAAAAGGAAGAAGGCUAUUGUCUCUCCUGAACCUGCAGUCAGCACAGAAUUGAGUAUCACAGAGUCUGUGCUAAAGGAUGACACUCAGCCUGUAGCAACAGAAGUAAGCCAGUCCCAGACAAAAGAUUGCGCCUUGCCUGAGUCAAAACAGGACUCUGUGGAAGAAGAGCAGAUACAGCCUUUGGUAAAAGAAGAAACCGACAUUCAAUUGAUAGAUAGUCAACCAUCUUUGGUGGCAGAAAGUCAAAGACGUGAUCCAAAAAAACGACGCUCAAAAAGGAAAUCUCGCAGAAAAGUUAAAAAGCGACGUAAACAUUUGAUUGGGCAGCGUCAGAAACACAGGCACAGAAACACAGAUGGGAAGUUUGCUCCACUUAAAUUCUCUGAAAGUCGGAGAUUUGUUGAGGGGGGCGGUGACUUUUCCUCCCCCUCAUCAACCCUGAGCUCCAAACUUAUUGGAGUGCAAAAAAGGUGCAAACGAAGACCUUCAGGCCUUCAUUUUAUUGGGUCCAAAAGGCCAAGACCACGGUCUAAAAUAAUUUCUAAACUGAUGGAAUUUGGCCUUGACAGUGAUAGUGUGAAGCAGGAAGAAACAGACACAUUGGUUGAUGGGGGACAUGCAGAUGCUGUAGAUGCCCAGCCCGGUAAAUCAAAGUUUGCUAAAAACAUCAAGCACUUCAUUAUGCCUGUGGUUAGUGCCAGAUCCUCAAGAGUGAUCAAGACUCCGCAAAGGUUUAUGGAUGACGCUGGAAUGUCUGUAUUGCCUCGAAGAAACUCGCCAAAGAAGGGUUUACAACUAGGCUUGCCAAUGCGACCGGGAAAGAGGCGAGAUGAUUCCACGGACAGAUCAAUAUCCCCAAUCCUGCCGAUUGACGAGGAGGACAUAUUGAGUGAAGCUCAGUUGGAUGUUGAUCUGUUUUCAGCUCAGGACCUGGAGGACGACAUUGAUAUAGCUGAAAGCCUUUUUUCUGAGAGAAAAAGGGGCAAAAAUCAAAAGAAGUCUCUUUUAAAGAACUCUUCUUUCAAGUGGCAUGUGCCAGAAGAAUUAAGUGAAGAUGCGUAUACACUGGACCAAACGUCAGAGGACAAAUGUGAGGAUCUGUUUUUAUCUACAAAAGUUGAUAAGCCAACAGAACGAUCAUCUGACCUCCUGGGUGCCCCUAAAAAGAAAAGUUCCCAUAAGUUGAAUAAACAAGCUGCUCAUCUCAAGAUUUAUCAAAGGCCAAAGAAGGCACACACAGGACUUCCCAAAAGCAAACACCCGACAGAGACAGAUAGUGUGAGCAAACCUGUUCAGCCUCCCGUUGAUUUAGCCGAAGGACUUGAUGAUGAAGCCAUGAGCAUCAGCCUGAGACAACGGAAUACAAACGCAGGGAAGGCCAAAUCCAAGCUCAAGAUAGAAGACCUCGACUCUCCUGGAGUGGUGAGGAAAGUCUCUGUUUGUGUCAGGUCCACAAACUCAAAGACGCUUGUUCUACAGCACUGUAAAGAGGAGGAUACUGCAGGGACUACCUCCCUCCACUCAGGAGAUCAGACCGCAGACGAUGGAUCUGUGGAGAAGGGAUCCUCCCAAAGAGCGCGCCUCACUGGUGCAAAUAAAAGAAUGUUCAAUCUCCUCAGAAAAGCCAAGGUCCAGCUCAUUAAGAUUGACCAGCAGAAACAGCUCAAGUCAACAGGGCUGUUGUCUGGCCCGACUGGCGCCAGGUCUCGAGAUGGGACCAAUAAGAGACAAAGGAGAAAGCAGAGGAUUCCGCUUGAUUCUGGUGUUUCAGUCAAGACAGAGCCAUCUCAAGGACAACCGCAGCUCAUUUCCCCGGUCUGCCAGGAGUUCCGUAGAGCAGGAGGUCCACGUAUCAAACACGUGUGUCGUGCUGCAUCCGUGGUGCUGGGGCAGCCUCGUGCCUUGGUACCGGACGACAUUCCCAGACUGAGCGCCUUGCCUCUGCACGAAAGAACUGGCAUUUCUCCUUCAGCCAUCCUUAAAGAUGUUGGGUCUCCCUCUGAAUCAGACAGUCCUGGGCUGUCAGAUCAAAAGGUCACCAAGGUCAAGAAGCAGUCGAAUUUUGUGAAGAGGAAAGGACUCGGGCCUUUCGGGUACCGCUCUCGGAGGUGUGGAACAUGCAAAGGCUGCAACCACGAGGACGAUUGCGGCCGGUGCAUGAACUGUCUCGACAAACCCAAGUUUGGUGGUCCCAACACCAAGCGGCAGUGUUGCGUAUACAAGAGAUGUGAUCAAAUUGAAGAGAGAAAAGCACGCAGAUUAAGUGGAAGAACGGCACCCAAAGGGGCUUCUAAGCGACGGCGACCCUCCUUCAGCGGAGGUCAUUCGAGUAAUGAAGAAGGUAUUGAGGGUGCUGCAGACUCACCAUCUGGUCUCCAUGGCGACGGCCACAGUCCAUCUGUAAGGAAGCAGCCAAAGCGUGUUGUGAAACCCCGCGUCUACUUCGACCUGGUGGACUACGACUCUGAUCUAGAUGACAAAGCAUUCUCCAGCUCUACCUCGCCUGCCAGGAAAAGAGGCACAGGAUCCCGUUUCAAUCAAGACUUUGUGUCAUUGGAUGGAAUCCUUGGAGACAUUUCAGAUGAAGAAAUCAGACAUCGGAAGUCCAGUUCACACCGCGUAUCAUCUGUUCGGCGCAAACCUGAGAAGGGUCCACUGGAGCAGACUCCCCCCAGCGUCCUUGCUGCCCUGGCCCAUGGAUUUGAGCAGAGAGAUACUGAGUCCUCUAAACCUACGUUCAAAAUCAGGGUUGAUUUUAAGGAGGAAUGUACUGUGGAAAAUGUUUGGAAUAUGGGUGGAUUAAGCAUAUUAACCUCUGCACCGGUUAUGCCACCCUACGUCUGCUUCCUUUGUUCCAGUAAAGGGCAACAUGAGAUGCUGUAUUGCCAAGUAUGCUGUGAGCCCUUCCACAAGUUUUGCCUUGAUCCAGCGGACCGGCCUUCUGAAGAGAACAAGGAGAACUGGUGCUGCCGUCGCUGCAAGUUUUGCCAUGUGUGCGGCAGGAAGAACAAGCCCACAAAGCCAUUGCUGGAGUGUGAUCGAUGUCAGAACUGUUAUCAUACUUCCUGUCUGGGACCCAACUAUCCAAAACAAAACAAGAAGAGGAAAGCUUGGGUUUGUAUGACAUGCAUCAGGUGUAAAAGCUGUGGUGUCACACCAGGGAAGAGUUGGGACACUGAGUGGAACCACGACAAAGGACUCUGUCCAGACUGUUCGAAACUCAAUGAGCUGGGUAACUACUGUCCGAUCUGCUUCAAGUGCUACGAGGACAAUGACUACGACAGUCAGAUGAUGCAGUGUGGCACCUGUAACCACUGGGUGCAUGCCAAGUGUGAGGAUCUAACAGAUGAACUGUAUGAGAUCCUGUCCAGCUUGCCGGAGAGUGUGGUGUAUUCCUGUCGACCUUGCAGUGUGACCCAGCCCAGCGCCUGGAGAGAGCUGCUCUACAUCGAGCUCAGAUCGGGGGUGGAGAAGGUGCUGGCCUGCUUGCUCUCCUCCACCCUCACACAGCACCUUGUUGCCUGCUCAAAGUGUGAGAAGUUGGUUGAUCCUGACAGUGGGAUAGAAGGACAGCCAGCCUGUGACCUCCGGGCUGUGGGGAAGAAGUUUGACAAAGGCCUUUAUACGACAUUGAAAAUGUUCCAUGAAGAUGUGGUUCAGGUGGUGCGAAAGAGGCUUGAGCAAGAGGAGGAUCUUCCAGAGGAGCAGAGACCUACUGCCCUGGCUCGCUCUUACUACUUGAAGCUCCUUGAGGAAGUAUUUAAUUGGUUCAACAGCCAAGAUCCAAAGGUGUGGAACUCUUGUACCAAAGACUUGCCCGUGGGGAUGCUGUCCAAUGCUAUUCAUCCGCCUACAACGGAGCAUGUUUACGCCCAGUGGCAGGAGAGGGAGGAGCUCUCGUCCAGGGCUCCUCUCGGGCUCCUGCAGGAGGACAAUGGACAGAGCUUGGUUGUAAAGCAAGAAGAGGCACUGUCUCCGUUGUCUGGGGAGCUAAUAAGCAGAAACCACUUCAAAUCCAGCCGAGCUGCCAGGCACAAAUCCAAAGGCAAAAGGGGUCGUCUUUCAAAAACUGAUUUUGAAACGGGAUGGUCUAAGGAUGACGAGAGACAGUGCUCUUUGUGCCAAAAAUAUGGAGACCUCAAACCGAAUGAAGCAGGUCGGUUGCUGUACUUGGGCCAGAAUGAGUGGGCACAUGUCAACUGCUCUCUGUGGUCAGCUGAGGUGUUUGAGGAAGACAAUGGCUCUCUGCUGCAUGUUCACAGUGCUGUCACAAGGGGCCGCUUGAUGCGAUGUGAGCGGUGCAACCAGACCGGUGCCACAGUGGGCUGCUGUCUGACAUCUUGUCAAAGCAACUACCACUUCAUGUGCUCCCGCUCCCGACACUGCGUGUUCCAGGAAGACAAGAAGGUCUACUGCCACAAACACCGGCAUCUGAUCAGUGGCAAGAUGAUUACUGGUCAAGAAUUUGAAGUAAACCGCAGGGUGUAUGUGGAUUUUGAGGGGAUCAGCCUUCGCAGGAAGUUCUUGACUGGACUGGAGCCAGAAUUAAUCAACAUGAUGAUCGGAUCCCUACAGAUAGACCAUCUCGGUGUACUGACAGAACUUUCAGCUAGCAAAGGAAAACUGUUUCCUGUGGGAUUUCAGUGCACCCGUUGGUACUGGAGCACAGUGAAUCCGUUGCGCCGCUGCAAAUAUACAUGUACGGUGAGAGAGGUCCGGCCCAUUGUCACUGAGAAGCCUGUUGAGGAGAUGCCUGACCGAGGAGACAAUAACACCAUCGCUCACAGCCCCUGUCCGCCACCUGAAUCUGAAGCCCAAGCGAUUGAUGUAAUGGAGACCCAACCCCCAACGGAGGAAACCUUUAUCGCAGGACCUACCCUCAAGUCUGAUCACGGAGCAAGGCCAAAGAUUCCCAGGAGACCAGCUGGAGGAAUGUCUCGACCUCUGCCAUCCCCAGGAGUAAUCCAGGCGAAACCCCACCACAUAUUAACCAUAAGUGAUUUCGACGAAACCCGAAGGGUUUGUCGCCACAAUCCUCACUCACAGACCCCAGUUCUCCGCACUCACAAGCCCCCCCCUCCUCUGGGCCCUCUAAGUGGGCCAAUCACCCUCCGUGCUGGAAAGUCUUCCCUUCCUGCUACCCCUCUUUUCCCACUUGGUGCCUCAGACAACAUGUCUCCUUCAACCCGCCCUGUCGGUGGUCGAAGUGCUUCCUCAGUUCGUUGCCCCGGGAAUACAUGCACCUCAUCUUUAUUUCCUCAGUCUGCGUGGCAGGAAGGUGCAGGGAACUUCCCCUCCCCAAGUCUGUCUUUCUCGCCAUCCAUACAACACCUUCCCAGAAACCGAUUGUCAUUUGAUCUGAGCCAGCCUGACUCAGUCGAGGUGCCGCACAACUUCCUAGCUUCACCAGAGCCUGAAGAUGUUUCCCCAGCAAAUGGUACGUCACCCCAGGGCGGUUCAGACCAACAGAAAGAUGAAGAAGUAUUUCCCUACAGUUCAUUCCACAAGGAUCCAAACCUGAGAUUGGGCCAAGAGAUGAGAACAGAACUGGAGAUUGAAGAGACCCUCCUGAAUGAAGGCGUGGCAAUGAACUGUGGGGGACAAAUUGUGGUGGAAGGUGAUGACCAGGAGGAGUUUUGGGGUAGAGCCCAAGAAGUGCCCAAGAAGAAACCUCUUGUUGCCAACAUGCCACGGUCUGCAGCCUCAGCUAGGGAUGACUUAGGCAACAGCUCUUCUGAUGACGACAUGGAGCACUACUUUGACUUCUCACGGACAAUAGUGAGCUGUCCCGGAUCAAAAGAUCAUUCCAAGUCUCCCUCCUCCCCUUCCUCCCGGCCUAUGGCUCAGCUAGAUGGUGUAGAUGACGGUACGGAGAGUGAUGCGAGUAUCGUGACCAACGAUGAUGCUCAGAAAGCUGAGGGUUCUCGUCAAGCUCCCAUACAAGCCAAAGGCCUAAAUAAUAAAAAUGUUCCCGACUCGGAAACAGCAAACAACACACAGGCUGUUCCGAGUCUGUUCCCCAAAGUAUCAUCCAAUCAUAAGCAGACAGACGCUUCAUCAGCCACCCUAUCAGUUGCCAGCAAAAGUCCUGCAGAUAGUUCCCCUCAAGAUGGAACUAAAUCCUCUGACACUCCUUCAGUAAAUCAGGAGACCGUGCUUCCUACUCCAGCUCUUGAUGCUACGCCUAACUCACUCACAAAGGUGCCUGAGACUACCUUUUCAGAGGAGUUAUUCCAGAGUUGCAGUUUAGGAUUUUCCACUGGAACACCGCUUGUUCUUGAGAGGUCUGACACUAGUCCACAUUUGACUGGGAUGGUUCCUUUGCUAGAAGGCCCACCGCUUGAGACCAAACCGUCUGAUGCAUGUAAACCUCUGAACUCAGGGGGGGACAGCAGCCACUCUGCUGUGUUAAUCAACCACUUAACAGCUAAUACAGUGGAGCCCUCAUUCGCAGGCUCUGCUGAUAACUGUCAGGGUGUCCUGCUGGAUCUUCUUCAGCCUUCCCCUGUAAUAUCUACAGAUUUACAGAACCCCUCUCAAGGCCUUGUAGACUCCCUGCCGAUGUAUUCCUGUUUACCCAGUAUCAGUCACUCUCCUCUAGCAAGUAUUACACUUCGGCCAGUAACAUCCUCACAAGAGUUCCCAUCCAUCGGGGCGUGGUCUACUAAACUGACCACCCUCAGUCCUGUUGGAGAUGUAACUCAAACACUGCUAAAUGCUCAAAAAGAUCCACUGCUAUCAGCUAUAUCAGGCCCUUGUCCCCCAGCAGGAACAUGUGGAACCAUUUCUCUUCCUAUCUACUCCACACAGCCAAUGGGUUCUACAGCUGUCACCAUUGUUUCUUCUUCUGCGUCAAUAUCGUCUCUUUCUGUACUGUCCACGCAAUGUUCGACCGCUCCAACGUCAGUCCAAACCACCUCAGCCCCUUUGAUCUUAAACGGUUACAGCGCUUCAUCUGGGCAGAAGGAAGCUACAUCGGGUCACACGAUCUCCAUCAACUUUUCGGCACCCAGGCCAGCUUUAGAACCUCAACAGCCUGUGGUUCCACAGGCUUUACCCGGACAUGCUAUUCUCACUGUGAAGGAGGUGGGGGGUCCCAAUGUGGAUCCUACGCCACAUGUCCUGCUGGUGAACCGCCUCGGGCAGAUCUUCGUGAAGAACCCAGAAAGCAACACUUUCCAGCUGCCCACUCCCAGCUCCUCCUCCUUCAACUGCGUCACUCAGAUUGCCAGCCUUUUGCAAAGCAACGCGUUGUCAGCCACGCUAGCAGCAGCCGGACACAUGAAUGCUCCUCUCCCAGUCGGCAACGUUGCGACAGCAGUUCCUUCGUCGGUUACACACACAGUUCAGAAUCCAUCCACAAUUACACAGCUGCUUACUAACAAUAGCAAUGGUCCAGUGACAUCAGUUGAUGUGAAGAAGCCAAGAAAGAGUGCAAAAACGCCAAAAGAUGAAACCACUGCAGAGGUGAGAAAAACAAAGAAGAAGAAGAAGGAUUCAAAUGGCACAAAAAAAUCCAAGUCAUCCAAGACCUCGGGGCAGUCUGCUCCGUCUACUGACACUCCUCCCAUGACUCCCGCUGAGAGUGCUCAAGCUAUUAUCAAUCAAGCGAUGGCGAGUAACUACACCCCCAAGUGGAGUGGGCUUCGAUCACUAAGCCCUUCUUCGCUCGUUUUACCACCUGGACUAUUAAUUGAACCGGAGCCUCCAGCGUUGCCCACCUCUCCACCAGUAACCCCCACACCAGCUCCCGCAGCUCGACCGCGCUCACACGUCCGCAUGAAGAGAGUGUCUUCGCUUUCAGACCGUAUUGUCACAAAGAAGUCUAAGGUUGACUUCCUAAAACCAGAGCCCCCCGUUGAGGAAGAGGAGCGUAGCAAACCCGUCUUUCCAACCAUUUCCAGCAGGGCUUCAGGGGUCCGCAUCAAGACCCCGACAGUGAAGGGAGUGCUGAACCUGGACCAGUUAAAGGAAGAGCAUAUGAGCGCGUCUGAUAGCUCAGGAUCAGAGCCAUGGGAGUUGGCUCAGGGCGAACAAGGCAAACAGCAUGCAUGGGAACCAGUCGGACACAGCACCCUGACUGACUGGAAGAAAUACUCUGGUGCUGCUUCUACCUCAGAUGAGGAACCACCCCUGUCUGAUAAGGAGGAGGACUAUCGAACCAACAGAGAUCAUCCACACUUAAGAUUUGAGAUAACCAGUGACGAUGGCUUCAGUGCAGAGGCAGACUGUAUUGAGGUGGCUUGGAAAGCGGUGGUUGACGGGGUGCAGGAGGCCCGGGCUAUUGCGAGGCUGAGACCUCUGACCUUACAGAGGAUCACCGGCUCCCGUAUGCUGGGUCUGGUGCACGACGCAGUGGUGUUUCUGCUAGAGCAACUUCAAGGCGCACACCGCUGUCAGCGCCAUGCCUUCCGCUUCUUCAAACAGUUCACGGCGGAGGACGACCUCCCUGUCAAUCCCAGCGGCUGUGCCCGCUCUGAGAUGUACCUCAGGAAGUCAACAUUUGACAUUUUCAACUUCCUGGCUUCUCAGCAUAGAACGCUUCCUGACAAUGGGCCUUAUGAUGAUGAGGAAGAUGAGGUUCUGUUGAAGUCUACAAGGCGGGCUACUAGUUUGGAGUUACCAAUGGCCAUGCGCUUCCGGCAUCUGGAAAGGACAUCGAAAGAGGCUGUAGGCGUGUACAGGUCUGCUAUCCAUGGCCGUGGUCUUUUCUGCAAGAGGAACAUUGAAGCAGGGGAGAUGGUCAUCGAAUAUGCCGGCAUCGUCAUCCGCUCAGUGCUCACGGACAAAAGGGAGAAGUACUACGAUGGCAAGGGUAUUGGCUGUUAUAUGUUCCGCAUUGACGACUUUGAUGUGGUGGAUGCUACCAUGCACGGCAACGCAGCGAGGUUCAUCAACCACUCGUGCGAACCCAACUGCUACUCUCGAGUGAUCAAUGUGGAAGGCCGCAAGCAUAUUGUCAUCUUUGCUCUUCGGAAGAUCUACAGGGGGGAGGAGCUCACCUAUGACUACAAGUUCCCCAUCGAAGACGCCAGCAGCAAACUCAACUGCAACUGCGGGGCCCGGAGAUGUCGCCGGUACCUCAACUGAGACACCCCUCGUGUGAAAAUGGGAGCAUCCUGUUUACUAGCUAGCCUUAAAUUAAGGUGGAUUGGGUUUUGGGGGAGGGGGGGCAGCUUGGAAAGGGGAAUAAGCCACUAUUGGACCAGAAGAGAAUAUUGGGCUGGUCAGAAGUCAUUUAUGGACAUUUUUAUUGAUGAUAGAAGAAGAGAUUAACCUGCACAGAACAUUUAUAUGAGUCGUGUCUCUUCUUUUUCCCCGUGAUAGAGUUCAGAUGAAAAACGUACACGUCAACGUCUUCACCACAGCAGUAAAUAUUGUUGAGGAAGUGGUUUCGGUGUUCAUGUGAACAGGACGUUAAACCAGAUGUUGAAGUGUAGGAGGUUCCUGGAUCAGUACACCAACAGAACUUCUGCGAUACACACGCCUUAUCUGUUUGAAUCAUUGCUGAAAACCUAUAGGUAGGCUUUGAGAGAUUCACUAUAUGUUUUAUUAUAUUUUCUUUUUUUGGGGGGGGGGGUUUAUGUCUGUCUAUAGUACACUUGUAAUCACAAUUGCUCCAUCCUCCAGUGAUGGUAACAUUAUAGCUUCAUCCGUGCAGUGGUGAAGUCAGUUUUGAGCCAUACAGUCACUCAAUCCUUUGUGUGUUUUAUCUUGCAUUUAACACUUCUCACGUUGUUAAUGACUUCUUUUCUUUUAAGACUCUUUUUGUUUUCCAGUGAAUAACAAAACAACCAUGGUGCUAAGUUUUGAUGGGUCUUUUAUGUCUCUAGUUGGACGAAGAUGUCCUGCAAAUCAGGAAUUGUUUAGCUGUUUAUUCACCAUUUAUCCUAAAUUGAUGCACUCAAGCAGCACUCUUAUCAUUAGAGUUUAGUCUAAGUUUCACACUUCGGAUCAUUGGUGUGCCACGCGUCACCUACUCUCUUCCUGUGUAGAUUUCAAAAUAGAUAAUGGUAUCGGUUUCACUCGGUGUCAUAUUUAUAAAGGCUGAGACAUGUCUUCAAGGCGUGUUUUUUCUUCCGCUGUACAGUGUAUGUAGCAAGCACUACCCAAGCCAAAAGUUAAGAGUUGUGGUGAAUAAUAGUUUUUUUAAUAUUUAAUGUGUCUCAUGGCAGAUGCUCAUUACUUAUUGCAAUAAGAUGUGCUGCCCUACAGUUGCACAUAAAUAACCAUCAAACAUACAAAUUAUCUUCGUCUUUGAAAACCUGCCAGUUGAUCUCUUUGCAUCGCCACUGAGUGUGUGUUCGGCUCCUGCUCCAUCCAGAAAACACUGAGUCUGAGACGGAGUUGAGAGUGUGCUCGGCACCUUAAAAUAAUGUUCAAUGUUGUUUUUAGCCGGUGUUCAGUGCCGUCAUUGAUGAGGCUUUUGUAAUUCACACACUGUUCUAAUUGGUAGUGAUAUUUAUUCAUGUUCUGAUUUCUUUUUUUAAUGGUAAAAGGUUGUGCUUUGUAUAAAUGGUGGCGGCCUAGUGCAUGAGGAGAUCUUCCCCUAUCUCUUGUUUGUUUACAACUGAUGUCCUUUUACUAAUUUACUUGAAUUUUCAUUUGGGGCAGUUGUGUCAUACAUUCAAGCCUUUAUUGACAGAAGUUGUUCUAUUAAGCAGGUAUUUUUAAAGAAUCAUUUAUAUUUUUAUUUUUUUUUCUUACGGUAAAUUACUGACGGUCUUAGAAUCAUCCACAGGAGUAAAGUGAGCACUGUUUCCCUCCCCAUGCCAAUGAUCAUCUUAUUUUCCCCUAAUUAUGUUUUGUCUUGAUCUUAAUCCCCUUUCCUUCUUGCAUGUCCAAUCACUGGGAUGGAGCCCAGAUUACCUUGUGUCAAUCACCUAGCUGACAACAAGAGCAGAGUCACUCCCAACUCCUUGCAAGGAUUCUACCUCAGCUGUUUAGACAGAUGUUUGGGAAUACUGAUGCAAAAAGAGAGGAUGGUAAUUUAAAGAGUCAUGGUUUUAAUGUCUGGCAGAGCUGGUGAGUCAGUGUGAAGUGUGUGUGUCUGUAGGUGCCUAUGUUUGUCACUGUGUGUGUGAGUUUGCAAUGAAGGAUGGAAGCACUAGUCAAAACCUGAAGUUAUCAUGACCAUCUCUCCCAGAAUCUGUUAAGAAAGCUGUAUGUUAUAUAUACACACAUAUAUAAAAAUAUAUAUAGAUAUAUAUAUAUAUAGUAGGGUUAUUUUAAAGUAAGUGUAAAAGACAUAAAAAAAUAAGAAAAUAUGUGAUCUUUAAAUGUACGUCUUUGUUACCAUGUACAAAUAAACCCUGGGUUUGUAAAUAUUUGUAUACAUAUUUCUAAACCUGUUUAAUUUUUCUAUGCACUUUUUUAUUUAUAAUGUUAUUUGCUUAAUAAAGAUGUUAAGAUGU